AUGUCCGACUUCCACUUCGCCAACACAACCAGCCCCGUCCCAGGAAAUGGCACACCCCCAGCCGAAUUCAUCAUAAAAGCCCCCUCCUCAACAGACAUCUGGUCCAAACCACCAAGCACCUCCUCCUUCACCGCACCAAUCCUCUACCGCUCAAUCCCACUCUCAACCUUCAAACGAGCCCGCGUCGCCUUCACCGCACCCUGGCGACACAAAUACGACCAGGGGGGUCUCAUCAUCGUCCUGCACACCGCAAACGGGGACAAAAAGUGGGUAAAAGCGGGCAUCGAAUUGACGCACGGCAAGCCGCAUCUCAGCGCUGUGGCGAAGGACCGAUUUGCGGAUUGGAGUUUGCUUCCUGUGCCAUCGGGUGGGGGUGCGGCGACGCUGGAGAUGGUUCGGGAGGAGGACGGGAGUUUGUGGAUUUAUUUGAUUGAGGGGGGUUUCGAAGGCGCCGAUUCGUGA